AUGAAAUUAUCAACUUUAUCCUUAUUUUUAUUUUCCUGUAUCGUAUCCUUCGUUGCAGCUGAAACUCAUACUUGGUGGUUUGAAACCGGUUGGGUUAAUGCUAAUCCUGAUGGUUUCCUUGAAAAACCAAUGAUUGGUUGGAAUGGUACUUGGCCAUUACCUAUUUUAAGAGCUAAAAAAGGUGAUACUAUCAAUCUUUAUUUAAUCAAUGGUUUCACUGAUGCUAAUACUACUUUACAUUUCCAUGGUAUGUUCCAAAAUGGUUCAUCUCAAAUGGAUGGUCCUCCAUUCGUUACUCAAUGUCCUAUCCCUCCUGGUGAAACUAUGUUAUAUAAUUUCACUUUAACUCAACAUGGUACUUAUUGGUAUCAUUCCCAUACUUCUGGUCAAUAUGGUGAUGGUAUGAGAGGUAUCUUUUAUAUCGAUGAUACUGAAGAUUAUCCUUAUGAUUAUGAUGAAGAAGUAUUUUUAAGUGUCACUGAUAAUUAUCAUCAUAAUUCAGAUUAUUUAAAUCCAAGAUUCUUAAAUAGAUAUAAUCCAGCUGGAGCUGAACCAAUUCCUGAUAGUUCUUUAUUCAAUGAAACUAGAAAUGUUACUUGGCAUGUUCAACCAGAUACUACUUAUUUAGUUCAUAUUGUUAAUGUCGGUAGAUUUGUUUCUCAAUAUCUUUAUAUGGAAGGUCAUGAAUUCGAAAUUGUUGAAGUUGAUGGUGUUAUGGUUGAAAAGAAUGCAACUGAUUUAAUUUAUAUCGCGGUUGCUCAACGUUAUUCUGUUUUAAUUACUACUAAAUCUGAUACUUCUCAAAAUUAUGCCUUUAUGAAUUCAAUGGAUCAAACUUUAUUAGAUUAUAUCCCUGCUGAUUUAAUUGUUAACUCCACUAAUUGGAUUGUUUAUGAUGAUAGUGCUGAAUUACCAGGUCAAUACUAUAUAGAUGAUUGGGAUGCUGAUUUUGAUGAUUUCUUUUUAAGACCAUUAAGUAAUCAAACUCUUUUCCCUGAUCCUGAUUAUGUCGUUACUAUUGAUGUGGUUAUGGAUAAUUUAGGUAAUGGUAUCAAUUAUGCUUUCUUCAAUAAUAUUACUUAUACUCCUCCAACAGUCCCAACUUUAAUUACUGCUUUAACUUCUGGUGAAUUUGCUACUAAUGAACUUGUUUAUGGUACUAAUACUAAUUCUUUUGUUUUACAAAAGGGUGAUAUUAUUGAUAUUGUUGUUAAUAAUCAAGAUUCAGGUAAACAUCCUUUCCAUUUACAUGGUCAUAUUUUCCAACUUAUCGAAAGACAUCCAGAAUCAUUUACUGAUCUUGUUAGUUUUAAUAAUUCUGAUCAUGCUGAAUGGCCAGAAUAUCCAAUGAUGAGAGAUACUGCUUAUGUUUACCCUCAAUCUUAUAUGGUAUUAAGAUUUGUUGCUGAUAAUCCAGGUGUUUGGUUCUUCCAUUGUCAUAUUGAAUGGCAUUUAGAUCAAGGUUUAGCUGUUCAAUUCGUUGAAGAUCCAAUGGGUAUUCAAGCUGAUCCAAAUCAAGCCUUAACUCCUGAUUACAUUAACAGUUGUCAAAAGAAUAAUAUCUCCAUAUCUGGUAAUGCUGCUGGUAAUUCUGUUAAUUUACUUGAUUUAACUGGUGAACCAGUUCAACAUAAACCAUUACCACCUGGUUUCACUGCUAAAGGUAUUGUUGCUUUAGUCUUCUCUUGUAUCGCUGGUAUUUGUGGUAUUGCUGCUAUUGCCGUUUAUGGUAUGGCUGAAAUCAAAGAUGUCGAACAUAGAGUUGCUAGAGAUUUAGCUCUUGAUAUUGAAGAUGAAGAUGAUGAAGAUGAAAUCACUCAAGCUGAAGAAGGUUCAUCAUCUGGUGGUGAAGUCUCCAAAUAG